UUUUUAACCUUUUCUUGCUCCUAUUAGGAAGCGAGGGAUAUCAAAUGGCGAGGGUUUUGGCCCUUUCUACCUCCGCGUCGCUGCUCCCAUCUCGACUGGAACCCGCCAAAACCCACCACCACCAACUCUUCCUCCACGGCGAAUCCGGCGGCCGCCGCCGCCGCCGCCACCGCCCUAAUUCGCCGCCGUCUCCGCCCGUCAAGAAGACGAAACCCUUCGGAUUGAACCAGAUGCCUCUCCUCUCCGCACCCAGAUCCGGGGUUCGUGCCCAAGCGCAGGGGGACUACACCCCAGCUUCUUCUGGCGACGCAGUGGAUUCGGAUGGUGCCGAGGAGGCCUUCACCUGGUCUUCCGUCAUUCAACCAUUUUUGUUUCCGGCAUUGGGGGGCCUCCUGUUUGGUUACGACAUUGGGGCUACCUCUGGAGCUUCCAUCUCUUUGCAAUCUGCAGAGCUUAGUGGGACUACCUGGUUCAAUCUCUCAGCUGUACAGCUCGGGCUUGUGGUCAGCGGCUCCCUUUAUGGAGCUCUUGCUGGCUCCAUUAUCGCAUACCCUAUUGCAGAUCUUCUUGGAAGAAGAAGAGAACUGAUCACAGCAGCUGCACUGUAUUUGGUUGGUGGCUUGAUCACUGGAUAUGCACCUGACCUUUUUGUUCUUAUUAUAGGUCGAUUUCUUUACGGCAUCGGUAUAGGUCUGGCUAUGCAUGGUGGUCCUCUCUAUAUUGCUGAAACUUGCCCUUCACAGAUACGUGGAACAUUGAUCUCUCUAAAGGAGCUCUUCAUUGUUCUUGGGAUACUGUUGGGUUACCUUGUGGGUAGCAUUCAGAUUAGUGCUGUCGGAGGAUGGCGUUACAUGUAUGGUUUUAGUGCCCCAAUUGCAGUUUUAAUGGGGAUAGGCAUGUGGUCUUUGCCACCAUCUCCAAGGUGGUUACUUCUCAGGGCGGUUCAAGGUAAAGGAUCCUUGGAGGAAUAUAAAGACAAGGCUAUCCAUGCCUUAGGAAAACUAAGGGGUCGUCCAGCUGGUGAUGAAGUAUCUGAGGGACAAAUAGAUGACACUCUGAUCUCCCUGAAGGCUGCUAUUGCUGAACAAGAACAAGAAGCCAGUUUCUGGGACAUGUUUGAAGGAGCAAGUUUGAAGGCCUUCAUAAUUGGGGGAGGAUUGGUUCUUUUUCAACAGAUAACAGGGCAACCAAGUGUUUUAUACUAUGCUGCUUCCAUUCUUCAGAGUGCUGGAUUUUCAGCUGCUUCUGAUGCUGCAAGGGUUUCAGUUGUGAUUGGGAUCUUUAAGCUGCUGAUGACUGGGAUUGCUGUUUUAAAAGUUGAUAACCUUGGGAGGCGUCCUUUAUUGAUAGGAGGUGUUGUUGGAAUUGUGCUUUCAUUGUUCCUCCUUGCUGCUUACUACAAAAUUCUUGGAGGUUUCCCUCUGGUUGCUGUCGGUGCUUUGCUUCUCUAUGUUGGUUCUUACCAGGUAUCUUUUGGUCCAAUUAGUUGGCUGGUGGUCUCAGAGAUUUUCCCGCUUCGUACAAGAGGGCGUGGAAUCAGUCUUGCAGUUCUUACCAACUUUGGCUCCAAUGCAUUAGUAACAUUUGCCUUUUCACCAUUGAAGGAGCUUCUCGGACCAGAUAAUCUUUUUCUCCUUUUUGGUGCUAUUGCACUGCUUUCACUUUUAUUUAUACUCUUUUAUGUUCCGGAGACAAAAGGCUUGAGUUUGGAGGAAAUUGAAGCCAAGAUAUUGAAAUAAAGGCCUGCAUCUUGCCUCUUUUCAUGUCUGAUAUGCUUGCUCUUGAAACUGCGAAACCUUCUAGUUGGAAAUGAGGAUAACAAGCUGAUACUCCGUGGCUUACAUGCUCAGGUGCCAGUAAAAAAGCCAAAGCUGUGGCACUAGUUUGCUUGAUUUGAUUUCCUUUUCUUUGAGGUUCCAUAGCUUUAAUAUUGCUGUUCCGUCCCUUUUGAUGUGACAGCUUUGAUUCAGUCUAAGCAGCAGCAUAUGCACUGGGCUUAAAGCACUAAUAUAAACUAAACCUCUGUCGAAGGAGCUAUCUGGUUGCUCAGGCCCCAAAUCUACUUAUACCUGCCAAAACUCAGCCAAGAUUUAUUUGCCAUGAUGUUGCUAGGCCUCUUUGAGCUGUAUGUUUAAAGUAGUUACCUAAACUUAGGUUCGGUCUAAAAAUAGAUCCACGUGCCAUAUGUCCAAUGUAAUAAUGAUUCUUUGCUGGGUUUGGCUUUUCCAUCCAUUAUGUGCUUGAACUGCAUAAACUCAAGCAAUAUUUUUGGUGGCUUUUCAAACAA